AUGUCAGGCCUCUCUCCGAAUGCCUCAGCAUCGCAGGCCCGCGCGGCCUUCAUGAGUCAGUCACCACCAUCCUUCAGUCCCAUUCGAGAACCUGAGGAGUCUGCAAGCGAUUCGGAGAGUCGCACACGAUGUGCAGAAAAAAGUGAAGAGAUGCGCGGUGACUCUGUUCGUCAGCGUCUAUUUCAGGACCUUUCAUCUCCGAACGAACGUGGUCUUAGUGCAGCGAGCACAGAUGCCAUGAUGGUGGAUGCUGGUCAGGACGUGAACAUGCUUGAGCAGCACUCCGAGCCAAAAGAUGAGGAAGCUGAGGAGACGGAGCAGGAGGACGGGGAGGACCCGGAGGACCCGGGGGAUCUGGAGGAUCCGGAGGAGGAGUCCGAAGAGGAGUCUGAGCAACCUGAGGAAGCAGAAGCAGAGGCGUUGCCGAGCGCCGUCAAGGAUGUGGAGCUCGAGACAGCUGAGACGCAGGAGCCACUGGAGACCCCGGACAAGGCCACGGAGGAGGCCGAGGCUGAGGAGGGCGAGGAGGAAGCGCUUGAGGACGAUCCACCGGAGAAGGAGCAGGCGGAGGUCGCUGAUCGUGCCGACCAGGUUGAUCACCAGAUCGUCGCGGCAGAUGGUGGCCUUGCAGAGCAGUGGAGCGGCACCUUGCCGCCGGAAGCAUCGGCCACGUGGGAGGUCUCCGAUGAGGUUUGCUCGCUGCAUUUCUCUACGUCCGACAUCAAGCUUCCCCGCUCUGUCUACGACCGUCUGUAUCAUUACCAACGUCAGGGAGUGGUUUGGAUGUGGAAUCUAUACCACAAGGGCUUUGGUGGAAUUCUGGCCGAUGAGAUGGGCCUCGGCAAGACCGUGCAGACGGCAGCAUUCUUGGCCUGCCUCAAGUUCACGAACCAAGGAUCCCGCUUCCUCGUUGUUGUGCCCGUCACUCUUCUUGAACAGUGGCGGCGAGAGCUUGACGCAUGGGCUGAGAACACCGGCUUGGCGGUCCACGUGAUGUACGGUGCUUUGCCCGAGCGGCGUGCAGCUUUGAGGGGCCACGUUUCUAGCGGUGGUGUUCUGCUCGUCUCCUAUGAUCUGGCUCGCACCUGUAUUCACCAAAUUCGUACGGCGGGGCUGACUGAAGCCAGCGCCUCGCAGUCCCGAAAGCGGAAGAGAAGCACAAGGCGUGCCUGCCGUGACGAUGACAGUCCGAGUGAGGAAGAUGCUGCGUCGCUGGGUCCUGUCGAUGAUGAGCAGAAGCCCUGGGAUGUCCUGGUCGUCGACGAGGGGCACCAAAUCAAGAAUCCCUCGAGUCAGUCUGGCCGUGUGCUGCGCCGGAUCAACGCUCGAUCACGCCUCUUGCUCACAGGGACGCCGUUGCAGAACAAGCUCAGCGAUCUUUGGGCAUUGAUGGAUUUCGCACAACCAGCGCUGCUGGGGAACCAUGCCACCUUCGAGAGGAACUUCUCGGAACAGAUUGCGAAAGGCUCGAAGCGGAAUGCUUCUCGAUUCGCCGUCGAGCUGAAAGAUCACCUUGCUCACGAGCUAAAACGGCUCACUGCGCCGCAUUUCCUGCGGCGACUUAAGUGCGAGGUUGCCAACACUACAAGUCCAGCGGCCAGCUUGGAUGCUGCUCCAGGUGAGCUGCCGCCAAAGAUGGACGUGAUCCUGUGGCUAAACCUGACCUCUGCACAGCUCGAGCUGUACAACCUUUUCCUCACGAGCGAGCUGGUGUGCAAGGCCAGGGGAGGAACGAAGUGUGGCAUGGAGGCAUUGCGUGCAAUAGCAAUGCUGAAGAAACUGUGUGGUCAUCCUCUGCUGUGCUUGCCCCAAGACGAGUACAAUCAGUGGCGGGAAGAGACGCUUCAAUCUGGUCGCCAAGCACCUGCUCCAGCUGCCACGGCAGUGCCGCACCAAACUGCGACACAGGAGGAGCCCGCUGGGACCCAAGAGGCGCCUGAGUGCCUCGAGCUUCUGCCGCGGCUUCGGGCGCUCAUGCCGAACUCAGUUCAGGGCGCUGCGCUGCUCUCCACGAAGCUGCGCGUCCUCUCAGUCCUUCUUCCGCAGCUUCAGCGUCGAGGCCAUCGCUGCCUUAUCUUCUCUCAGAGUGUUCGCAUGCUGGACCUCAUUCAGGGCUGUGUUCUGAGAGUGCUGGGCCUGAAGUUCCUGCGCAUCGACGGCAGCAUCGACCCGAAGGACCGCGAUGUCAAACUGCAAAAGUUCCAGCAGGAAGACUCUCGGUAUUUCGCUUUGUGUUUGAGCAUGCAGGUUGGCGGAACGGGCUUGACUGUAACGGGUGCCAACCGUGUCAUCCUCAUCGACCCGGCAUGGAAUCCUUCUGCGGAUGCGCAAGCGAUCGACCGAGUUCAUCGAAUCGGGCAGAAACGGGAGGUGGUUGUCUACAGGCUCAUCGGCUCUGGGGCAAUCGAGGACAAGAUGUUCAGACUCCAGAUCUUUAAGGGAGGCUUGUCCAAGACCUUCAUGGAACAUGAACAGCAAGUUCGAUUCUUCACCCAUCAGCAGUUGAAAUCACUCUUCGAACCACCGAGCCAGUCUGCUUCCACACAGUCCUUGUUGGCUGAGCAAAUUGGGACAGAGGCUUUGGAGCAUGAGGAUCUGCUCCGAGUGGUGGCGGCGGACGUGGGAAGCACGGAUGACCCACAAGCCCUAGCUUUCUGGCAGAGCUCCGACGUCUUGGGCUUCUCUGAUUACCAGCGACUCUUCAUGUUCUUGGAGCAAGCUGACUCCGCAGAGCAGGAGGCGGUCGAGCAGGCAAAAGAACUGGCGGCAAAGUUAAAAAAUGAGGAGUACGUGAAAGAUCAGGUUGUGCAGGGAAAGUGGCGAGGCGAUCGCUUCGCUGCCAAAGAGAACGU